CCUCCUUCCAGAUCAUCAUUUCUAUCAGUACUCUGUUUUUAGACAAUGUCUUCUCACCUGAACGAAAAGCUUGCCUUCGAUUUUACCCAGGCCGAGUUUCUUGACAUCAAGAGAAAGCCUCUGGACGUUUUCCCAUCUGUCCUACGACCGUAUCUAGAAUUAAUACGUUUAGAAAAGCCCACUGGGACCAAAUUGAUGUUUUGGCCGUUCGCUUGGGGCCUGACGAUGGCAGCUUAUUCUGUCAAAAUGCACUGGACCACGUACACUUUCAGACUCAUGCAAUGCCUUCUCAGCGCGUUCAUCAUACGAUCAUCUGCAUGUACCAUCAAUGAUAUAUUUGACCGCAAAAUGGACGCGGGAGUCGAAAGAACCAAAAACAGGCCGCUGGCAAGCGGACGUAUUUCCGUGUUUGCGGCGACCUCAUAUGCUUUGAUGCUGUAUGCUGUAGGAACUGCAUGGUUUUAUCUUACUGUCGAGGACUUGGCGCUUUCGGUGGCGCUGGUACAACUGUUACCAAUUCUCGAUCCACCUCCAUGUAAACGGACAAUACCCAUUAGUUUCGCAAUCUAUCCCUUGCUUAAACGAGUCACCUAUUGGCCACAGGCUUGGCUUGGUUUUGCGAUGAAUUUUGGAUUGAUGACAGCUUGGGUAUCUACCACCAACACCUUUGAUACACCUAUUUUGGUAACUGCUAUGGCGGCGUGUUGCUGGACCAUGUUAUACGACACUAUCUACGCUUGCCAGGAUAUCGAGGAUGAUCUCAAGAUGGGUAUUCGAUCUACAGCCAUCCUGUUUGGGUCUUACAUCCGUCCACUCCUUAUUGCAUGCGGCUGCUCCUUCGUUGUACUCCUCUGUGGUGCCGGCAUCCUGAAUGGUCAAGGUCCAGCUUUUUAUACACUUUCUGUGGGUGGACUACUUCUGCACUUGAUCAGGCAGUGGUGGACUGUAGACUUGGAGAUCCCUAAAAGCUGUUGGGCAAACUUCAAUAGCAAUGGUCAACUUGGAUGGAUUAUAUGGCUGGGGCUGGUUAUCGAUUAUGCUAUUAAUCUUCGUUUAAUACAGGCAAAUUUGUGGGCAUGAGCGCCAACAGUGUACCCAAGCUUACAUUAGCUUACAACUUUAAGAUGAUUCUCCAGCUCUAGCUUCAAGUUUACCAAAAAUACUUCUAUGAUUCUAUUAUCUUCGGAUAUACUUAUAUUGAUGUAGCUUAAAGUGUAUCUAUUGUAAUCGCACCAUUCAAAAAUCAAUAUGCGUAAGUAUACAC